AUGACAUCCCGGUGCUCUCUCUAUCACCCACUCGCCUACAGGUACUAUUAUCAACGGGGUAUAUUGGCUAAGGUUGAUGGACAGCGACUGGUGUAUCAGUUUGUUGACGUUCCCAAAGACAUCAUCGAAAUCAACGCCGACUCUAAUAAUUGUUAUAAUAGUAAAGUUCAUCACCAGAUGAAGGAGUCGUUGGUCAGUAGUCAUCACCUGAAUAACGCCAGUAACGUCUGCCAGUCGUCCCCCUCGACCACCGGUUCCCCAGUGGGCGCCGGGGGUGGCGGUGGUGGACACCACCAGUCCGUCGUCUCAUCCGUCGAUAAUAAUAAUAAAGACAUGAAAAUUAGUUUUUGAGUCGAUAUUCGCAAAUCAAAACCGUUUUCAGACAAAACCACAUCUCAUCCGACAAAUGAAUUCUCAAAACUACUAUUAUAUAUAAAAAGCCAUUAGUUUUUAAUUCUCUG